CCGAUCGAUCAGGGGCUUCGGCAUAAUAACCGUAUUAAGAUAGUUAGACCUUAAUACAAGCAUUAACACGAGACAUGAUCCCGUUGUUGUAUUGGCGCUUUUCGCUCUCCUUCUAUUUUCGUGUUGACAUCUACUGACAUCGUCCAUAACCCGACCUAUUAGACAAUUUCCAGUCGAGGAUUCAUCCGGAUAAAUAUCGACCGCGGUGGCUAUACUACAUACCUACCCCAGACGGGUGCUAUAUGUACGGGACGAGGGCGUAUAUUGCAACUCAACUAAUUAAUAUUUCCACCAUUAGCAUUGCUCCCCUACCAUUAUGAUCCAGUUUAAUCUUAAGCCUGCCGUUGAGUCUAGACCAGAGCAGAGGAGUAUUUAUUCGACGACCUCGCUCAUAAUCCGGGCGAGCUCUUAAGUUGCCUUCUCACGCUCGCUCAUAAGGAAAUCACCGUCUGCUUGCUCGCCACCAUGCAUUUACUCGGAGCAUACUCGCUGCUCCUAGCAGCUGCGUCCUGCGCCGAGGCAGUCCGGACUAUAAUCCCCAAAACGAGCUUCGACUCGCAGUCCAACUUCGACGCGGACUGGGCGUACAACUACCCGUGGGGAACCGACCACAACGGCGGCGCGCGCAUGGACAAGAGCCAAGUCCAGUUCUCGAACGGCAUGGUGACUCUGACCGCGAAAAAGGUCACCGGCCAAAAGGACGCCACGCACGGCGGCCAGCAGAUCAAGAUCAACUACCUGUCCGGCGCCGUCAGCGCCAAGGAGCACUUCAACGUGUCGCGGGGCGGCGGGUACGACUUCUCGGGCGAGUUCAAGGCCACGACGACCAAGGGCACUUGGCCCGCGUUCUGGCUGACGGCGGUGGAGGGCUGGCCGCCCGAGAUCGACAUGGCGGAGUGGAAGGGGUCGGGCAAGAUCUCGUUCAACACGUUUAACACGUCGUCCGUGCUCUCCUGGAAGGACGUGAACUACGCCAGCCCAGACCAGUUCCACUCCAUCAAGUGCGAAGUCCGCGAUAUCAACCAGCGGGAUGUCUCUGUCAAGUUCUACAUGGACGGCUCGCUUGUCACGACGCAGGUCGGAGGGAACUUCUUCGGCAAGCCGAUGUAUCUGAUUAUCAACUUGCAAAUGGAGGGUUCAUCCGGAUCUCCAGGCCCUAGCAGCGACACUCUGUAUCAGGUGCGAAACCUAGAGGUGUUGAGCUAUAAUCCGUAGUACGGGGUGUAACAGCAAAGAGCAGCAAGUUCUACGAGUUAGAUAAUAACUUGACCUAAUUUAGGCCUGGCCUGACUUAGCCUGGAUAGAUCUUUUUUAGGGAUAUUUAUUUAAGUUGAACGUUAAAUUUUCUAUUUGGUAUUUUAUACGAAUAUUUUUAGGGUAAUAUUAUUGGUUAUUGGUAAAGGUUUUGGGUGAAAUAUAUUAGGUGGCUGAUAUGGGUAAGUGUAGCUUUAUAAGAGUAUAUAGGCCAAGUUAACGAUACGGCGAGGUAAGC